UUGUCUCCUUCUCGGUUUUUUUCUUGUUUCCUGGCUCGCCGCCACUAGUCCGUGGAGAAUAAAAGAAGUGUGGCUGCAAGCGAGCAGGGGGUCACCAGGAGUUCUCGACUCCGGCUUAAUGAGGAGUGAUAUACAGCCUUGGGUACAGACCUUGUCGUGAUGGUGGAGCUACUCACAAGUGUUGUGAGCGCCCGCCGUACAAGCAGACCUGCUUUGCAGGCUGCGAAGCUCGUACCUACGCUGCCAAUCCCUAUUCCCACUUCUCGUCGUGCGACUGGUCCGCCCAGUCGCUCGCCGACACGGAAGGAUUUAUCCUCUGAUCUCCUAUUCGACAUGUCACCUCCCCAGUCUUCGGGCAUUGUGCCUUCCCCACCGACCGCCAAUGGCUCUCAAAAGGUCAUAGGAAAACACGCAUCUCCACGUCGGAGUCCUCUUGACGACUUCAAUCUUGUCGACGUAUCGCGGGCUCUGGAUAAGGUACCAACACCGGAGGAGAUGUUCCUGUAUACAUUGCCAACUUUGGCGAAGCCGUCGGCGAAUAUGCACAGUGCAAACCGCCAAUCCCGCGUCAAAUCUGCCUACUCUCCGCACCGUAGCUUUGACCGGCAGACAAAAGCUGCGAGGAGAGCUGGUUCUCAUGCUCGCCAUUCGCGCGCUGAUGGCGGAAUCAAGGACAACCCCAAUCCGUCCUCAUUUGAUAGUCUUUCGGGGAGUGACCUUUCUCAAUCCUAUGGCUCUGAGGCGCCCAGACGAUCACCGUCUGUUUCCCAUGUCAAAAUCACGGGAUUCGUUACCCCGACCAAAAGCACGUUCACUCGUUAUCCGCCUCAGAGACCAUUAUCGCUUGCACCGGUCUCUGCUGACAAGACCUGGGAACACGUGCGGUAGCGCUCCUCCCAGCAGCGUUGCAGGCGCUGCUGUGCACCCUGAACGAAAAGUAAUUUUACGCCCCGCGCAUCACGACGCAGUAAUGACGACUGGAUAACGUUCUACAUGAUUAUACCCAUGUUUUCACAGUGGAAUUCGGAACACUUCACCUUUUCAAGCCAUCGAGUGCCCUCCCUAUGCAUGUUCCUCCGACCUAGCCGGGAUGUUAUCCCAGCUUACGAAAAACACGCUCGAUGGUAUUCGUUCGUUGCAUUGCAUUUCAUUCCCAUCAUUGUCAUCAUUCCUUUUGCAGUCCUCGCUUUCGAUGUAUCGGGUACAUCAUGUAGCGCUAAACUCUGUAUUCUACUAUCCACUUCUAUCGACGGGUCUUUUGCCGGGAACAUAUCCGAGUGC